AGAGGGGGGAAUGGAGGAAGGAGGAGAAGAAGAGGCCACACCUAAAUUCAAGCCUUUUAUCAUGCCCAACCUCAUCCCACCUAAGAUCCCAGAUGGAGAGAAGGUGGAUUUUGAUGAUAUCCAUCGUAAGAGGAUGGAGAAGGACCUGACCGAGCUUCAGACUCUGAUUGAGGCUCACUUUGAGAGCAGGAAGAAGGAGGAAGAGGAGCUCAUCAGUCUGAAGGACAGGAUUGAGAAGCGUCGGUCUGAGCGAGCGGAGCAGCACAGAAUCCGCAGUGAAAGAGAGAAAGAGCGACAGAAGCGCCUGGAGGAGGAGAGGGCUCGCAAGGAGGAAGAGGAGGCCAAGAAGAGAGCAGAGGAUGAUGCCAAGAAGAAGAAAACCUUGACCAGCCUCCACUUUGGAGGCUACAUGCAGAAAGUGACAGAGAAGAGGAGCGGUAAGAGGCAGACUGAGAGGGAGAAGAAGAAGAAGAUUCUGAGUGAAAGACGCAAAUCUCUGGACAUUGAGAACAUGAACCAGGAGAGUCUCAAGGCGAAAGCUAAGGAGCUGUGGGAAUGGAUGCACGAGCUGGAGGCAGAGAAGUUUGAAUUGCAGUACCAGUUUGCCAGACAGAAAUAUGAGAUCAAUGUGCUGAGAAACCGUGUGAGUGACCACCAGAAAACCUCCAAGAGGACCAAGAGAGGCCUGAGGAAAUAGGCAGAGCAUUCGUCAGGCCCAUUAAGCCUCCCUGGCCUCUAACCAAGAUGUGUCCUGCCUAUCUGCCCCGCCUCGGUGCCACCUGCCCCACCUGUUUUCGCCCUUUACCACCGCCUACCAAUUACAUCCAGCUCUCCAGUUCCUUCCCAUCCCCUGUGCUGUUCUCUUCUUAUUCU